AUGGACGGUGCUAUUGUGCAGUGGGUGUGCAAAGAGCAGACCGGGGUGUCGCUAUCGACAAUGGAGGCGGAGUUUGCGUCGGCCUCGCACGUUGGGCGAGAAUUGCUAGGACUGAGGGAGUUAAUGCGUGAGAUUGGAUUUCAAGUGGAGGCCCCAAUGUCAAUGCUCAUGGACAACCAGGCUGCUAUCAGACAGCUGGAGACUGAAGGAAGCAUGUCGAGUGUCAAGCACGUUGAUGUGCGCAUGAAGUUUUUGCGAUUAUGCGAGGAAGGACAUCGUAAAACCAAUGUUUGUGGAAUCGAGCAUCAUGAAGGCGGACUUACUGACGAAAGUAUUGCCGGCGCCAAGGAUUGCAGAACUACGAAAGCUGUUCAAUUUGAUGUAGACAUCGAGUGUGGGCGAGUGUGCGACGACCGAGGAGGAGUAUUGGCGAAAAUGCAAGAUGGUGAGAGUGUGACGAAGGUCGGACGACCACUCUCGGCAGGCAGAUGCAGCCACAAUCGGAUGCUCUUUCUGGAAGAAUCCCUUACCGAGCAUGUCGGCAACGGCGCGGAAGCUGACGACAAACUAGGGGCCGACGAGCAGAUUACUGCUGUACUGUGGAACGUCCUGUAA